GAAAGACAGAGGUGUACAGUAUAAUCUUGCAGUAUAUCAAGACAAGCCAAAGACUGUGGUGAAGAUGAUGAAUAUUUGGAUUUCUGUCAUGCUUCUAAGUGAGAUGUACUCAACACUCUCAGAGGUUGUUUCUCAACCUGAUCCAGUAAUGUUGGUCUCUAUUGGGGAUGAUGUUACUCUGCAUUGCUUUUUUCUGGAAGAUCACAGUGAUCCAAUUACUUGGUACAAGCAAAAAUCUGGACAACAACCACAAGCAGUUGCAAUGGUGCAGAAAUUAGUCAAAACCCCUAAUUUUUUCAACACUUUUGAAUCCUCACGUUUUAGCAUUGAGACAGACUCAAGCAAAUGUCAUUUAACGAUUUCAAAUGUCACUUCAUCUGAUGAAGCAAUGUAUUACUGUGGCUGGAGAAAAUAUGAAACUAUUUUUGCUGAAGGCACAUAUUUAGCUUUAAAAGGGUCACAAAACAACCAAUAUAAAUCCCACGUGUCUGUUCUUCAGCAUCCCGAAUCAGAGACUGUCCACUCUGGAGACACGGUAACCCUGAUGUGCUCUGUGCUGUCUGAAUACAACACCGCAGAUAUCAGAAUGUUCUGGUUCAGAUCUGAAUUCGGAAAAUCAGAAAUCCUCUACACUCAGAAUCAGAGUAAUCAUUGUGAGACUGAUUCUGCUCGGAACUGCACAUUCAGUCUGUCCAAGAACAUAGUGAGCCCAAUGGACACUGGCGCUUAUUACUGUGCUGUAGUCACUUGUGGAAAAAUUCUGUUUGGAAAUGGGACAAAAUUAAAUAUGGUAAAGCCAAUUGAUCCUAUGGUGAUAAUCUUGGGUGUAUUACUGGGUGCCUGUGUGGUUGUGAUUACUGCACAAGCUAUUUUAAGUCAUAAAAAGGAAAAAUAUUACUGCAACAAAGAAAAAGGGCUAGAAGACACUGAAAAAGAACACCCCACCAGUCAGGAACAUGAUGCAGUGGAAUUGAGUUAUGCUGCAUUGCAUUUUAAGGAGGGAAAAAACAGAAGAGUUCGAAGGAAUGGGGACCGUGUUCACCUCAAGACAAACACUGUUUGUGUUUUCAACCAAAUCAAUAAUCCCACUGACCAUACUAUUGAGUACAAAAAUAUCUAGAAUUUAUUAGAUACAAAAAAAUGUAGUGCAACUUAAAUUUGCUAAUUCAUUUACUGGCAGUGUCUAACUUUUUGUAAAUUGUAUUACUGCACCUAUUUUUUUUUUGACCAGGAUGUUUCAUUUGAGAAUGAUUGUCUUUUGAUUGUGAUGGUUGUCUGAUUUGAUCUCAAGCUUUAAAAACUGGUUGUAUGACUCUGUAAAAUAAAUAAAUAAAUACAAUAAGUUAGUGCAAAGUUUGGAAUUAUUGUUUUAUUGGACACAUUUUCAAAUCUGUUCAAAUUAA